GCGACCAAGUGAAAAAGUGGAAGAGGAGUCCAGAGGGAGGACGACGUCUCACUUGUCUGGGGAGAUUUCAAGGCAAAUCCAGUAAAGCAAAGUCCCUCAAACAGAAGGUGAAUGGAAGAUGCCACGUUCCUUUCUGGUGAAGAGCAAAAAGGCUCACACCUAUCACCAGCCCCGCUGUGUGGAAGAUGACCUGCCAGUACUCCCCUGGGGCCCAGUCCCCUCUGCCUUCACUGCCACAGGAAACAGGACACCAGAGGACAUCAAGAAACAGGACCUGGGAUGUGUGGUUCCAAAACAAGAAAAGGACCCACCUGAACUGAAAGAAGAGAGUGUUCCUGUCCAGUACCUGAGCAGGAUGCUGCCAGGCCCUUCAGCUCAAGAGAUGGCCAUGCCAGGGCUGCAGAUCAAGGACUGCACUAACAGGAGCACCCCAACCUUCUACAAAGCUGGCUUUUCCUGGGAUGCUUUCCACAUGCCAUACAGCUACCAGCAGAUGUCUUCCAGCAUGCAGUCAGCCCUGCUGGAGCACCCGGUGAGCCUCUAUGGGAGCCACCUCCUGCCCAGCACCGAGCCCCCCCUGGAUUACAGCCUGCAUUAUUCCUCAGACAUGGAGACCUUCCACUGUGUGAAGUGCAACAAGGUGUUCUCCACUCCCCAUGGACUGGAGGUCCAUGUCCGAAGGUCUCACAGCGGGACCCGUCCCUUUGCCUGUGAAGUGUGUGGCAAAACCUUUGGGCACGCUGUGAGCCUGGAGCAGCACACCAACAUCCACUCCCAGGAAAGAAGCUUUGAGUGCAAGAUGUGUGGGAAGACAUUCAAACGUUCCUCCACCCUCUCCACUCACCUGCUGAUCCACUCGGACACGCGGCCCUACCCCUGCCAGUACUGCGGGAAGCGCUUCCACCAGAAGUCAGACAUGAAGAAGCACACCUACAUCCACACAGGGGAGAAGCCCCACAAAUGCCAGGUGUGUGGCAAAGCCUUCAGCCAGAGCUCCAACCUGAUCACCCACAGCCGCAAGCACACGGGCUUCAAACCCUUCAGCUGCGAGCUCUGUGCCAAGGGCUUCCAGCGCAAGGUGGAUCUGCGCAGGCACCGCGAGACCCAGCACAGCCUCAAGUGA